AUGAGUACCGAGUCCCUAAUCCGGCAGCUGGAGGAGCAGCGUGCCGCCUUCCUGGCCCUGGAACAGCGCGUCCAUGACGCCCUCCGUCAGCAAGAAGCAGCCGCUGCAGAGGCCUCGCGGGACGAGAGCCCGUCCUCCCCUACCUUCAGUGACGGCAUCGGCCGCCAGUCGACCGUCUCCUUUGCCGACCCGGGCCGCAAGUCGACGGGGCUGGCGUCGAUCCUGCACACAAGCUCGGCCGUCUCGGUGGACAGCGACGACGAGGACGACGAGACGUAUUAUGUUCGAACGCCUCUGCCGUCCACGUCGUUAGCCGAAGAAGGCCUGCGCACCCACUUGAGGACUUACGAUUGGGAGUCAUGCGGUCAGACUAUCCUAGAAGAAGUAGUGCAGGAUGGCCAAUUGCUGUCUCCCUACCUCUUUCCGACUCCCAGUGACGAGGAAAUGUCAAUCCCUUCGAGUUACCAGGUUUACGAUGUAGGAGUUGACGGCACGCCCCUAAGUCUCGAUAUCGAAACCGGCGAAGACGAGGAGGUAACGCAGUCCAAGGCCGCCGCGUUCUGGAACACUAUCAAGGACAUCAAUGUGGAGCCCAACAAUAGCUCUGCCGUGGGCCGAAUAGUCAUCGCCCAAGAACCAUCACCUAUCAUCUUCGGUGCCUUGCACUAUGCCAUGAACCAGUACUUCGAUAUGAACGAGCUGUUCCAGCACUUGGUUAACUCCGAACACUCAUCGGCAACACCCCACAGGCCCUUCUCCCAUGACUCACGACACCAGCGAACAUUCACUUUCAGCUUUGAGUACUACACAAUCAUCGGCGAAGACCGCCAGCCCAUGCCCUCAGUCGUCUCUCUAGCGUUGCUAGGAGAUCCCAUCAAGAAGCUCCGUAACAUGUCCCGGCGGAAGAAUGUCAAAGUCAAGCAGGGCCUUGUAAUCGAUCCAUUCUCGCCGUGGCUCGUACUCAAUAUGCAAGCUUAUCCCGACUGGCUCGGGAAUGCCGAUGCUCAUGAUCAGACCAAACGUUAUGUAAACGGUCCGGAGGCUUUCUUGGCAACAGUUCUUAUGGAGUUCCGGGACGCACGCAAACGCUACGAGGAGAUCUACAAGCAGAUUACGAGAAUGAUCACCCCGCCAACAGAUUUCAUUUUUGAUGCGGAUCAACGGGACAGGCGUCUGUUCGAGGACGACAACUUCACUUUUACCAGAGGCUACUUCUGGGCGCAUCAAACACUUGGAUCUAUCAACGACAGCAUCAAGGCCAUGAUUGACGCGUACGAGGACACUUUCACAGAGGAGGUGUGGGAAGGAAGGCAUAAGAGCAUUUGGCCGUUGCUGGAUGAAUCAUUACCCCGCAACGACUACUUCAGAAGAAAACUAUAUAUACUGCGGAAGGACUUCGAACGCGAAAUAAGGCAUCUGCACGAACAAAUCAAGGAAAAUAACGACAGGAGGUUGGAAAUCCGGGAUUUGCGAGACCAGCUGUUCAGCGGCACUUCUGUUCUGGAAUCGCGCAAGUCAGUCGAACUCUCCGAGAUCACCAUCCUUCAGGGACACAACGUCAAGCUCCUGACGCUCAUAAACAUCUUCUUCAUGCCUCUCACCUUUGUCACAAGCGUAUUUGGGAUGACGAAUAUGUCUACGGAACACACUUUCUGGGAGUUUGGCACGGUCCUGGUCGUCGUCUGUGUCCCAUUCUUCUUGCUCAUCGGCUCCCUCAAUACCACGAAAGGCUACGAGUUCUGGAAGGCACGAUGCAAGGAGGUCAUGAAGACGUGUCUCUGGUUCCUGGCCUUCAUGUCUGGCUUGGCCCCGAAGACGAGUCGGCCGCAGAAAGGCCAAAAGCAGGAAGAAAAAGAUGAAAAUGGCCCUAACGCUAACCCUUACGCUCCUCGGAGAAGCUGUGCUUCUGACAGGCAGCAACGGCCACGGAUGCAACGCUCGCCAACGAGCACAGAUAUGAUGGAAAAGGACAGCUCUGUAGAAGGAUCGCAAGAGAGCGGGAAGAGUAAAAGGAGGUGGUUCGAUCCAAAAAUUCUGAAGCGCAUGUCACGAAAGAACGAGAAGAACGAAAACAUGACACGAACCCAGGAGGUCUAG